AUGAUUGAUAUAAACAAGUAUCUUGAAAGUCAGUUAGCUCUAGCUAAAGAAAAAAGUAAUAUUAAGAACAGUAAAGAUGGAAAAGUGUCAAAGAAGAGUCAAAGUGUAGCUGAAACUAUUGCAAGGAAGCAAAACAAAAAUUUCCCUAAUAAAUCAAAGAUAGUGAAAUAUGAUUCUGAACAAACAAAAAAGGCCUGCAGCUCUGUAGAAUAUCCAUCUGGAGACGACGAUGAAUACUUGCCUUCCAGUGACGAGGAGAAAACUGUACCUUUAUCUCUUACUUUUCGUACAAAGCAAAACUUAAAAAAAAUUGUUGAUGAUGGUGAUCCAGCUGUUUUCAAAGAUCGUAUUGCUAAUUGGAAGGAAAGUCUCAAAGCAAUACAGUCAGUUCCUAUUACUCAAGGUGGAUAUGCUAAUGCAACAGAAUUUCAGGAAGCAACUGCUCUGGAAAUAGCAAAAGCUCUUAAAGAUAUGAUAACACCUUAUAUGUUGAGGCGCACUAAAUCUGAAGUACAAGAAUACAUUCAAUUACCAGAAAAAAAUGAACAGCAACAAAUAUUCGCUCUUGAUGCUCGGUUCAAUGCUUACAGGGCACCUGGAAAUCCUAAUUUUAAAACACUGUAUAUUCGACGACGCAGUCAGCUUCUAAGAGAAAAUGCGAAAUUUAAGGAUAUUGAAACAAUUAAAAAAUAUAUAAAUGUAAGAAGUCAGUUACUGCAGCGAAAGUAUGGAGUUCAGGACAAUAUUUCAAUUAGUUCAGCAUCUUCUCGGGCUAGAUCAAGUAGUAAAGCAAGCUUGGCUGUCGAUGAUGUAGUUGGCAAUGCAUCUAAGAAAAAAAGUGACUUAUCAAUAUCUGAAAACUAUGCAUUCUCUGGAGUUCACCACAUAUUUGACCAGCACACCGAGGAGGUCAGCGUUGUGAAAUUCGCAAACAACGACCGUUCCAAGCUGUGUUGUGCGUCCAGUGAUGGAACAGUCUCCAUUUGUGACGUCAUCGCGACCCCGCCGAAAGUGUCCUUCAUACUAGACGGCCACAGCAAGGCGGUUACGGGCUGCGACUGGUCCGCGUCGAACGAGCUGCUGGUGACCUGCGGGCUGGACGGGGCGCUGUGCCUCUGGGACGUGGCGCGCCGGCGGCGGCUGCGGGUGGCCAGGGACCAGCUCGCGGCGCCGCUGCUCUGCUGCGCCUUCCAGCCGGCGAACAACAACAUGGUCAUCGCGGGAAACGCACGAGGGAUGGUCGAAGUGCUGAACGUGUCGACCGGAAUCUAUCCCAGAGGCGGCAGCAGCAUAUUGGGGGGAAAAGUGCAGGCGAUUGCUUGCGAGUCCAGCGGCAGAACCUUCUGGGCGGCCAAUGACAAGGGCGUGAUAGUGAGCUACCGUACGUCCGGUACCGGUGCCCUGAGCAAGAUGCGGCGAUGCUGCGUGGGUGGCGCCGUCACCAGCCUCAGUUGGAGCCCAUGGCUGGCGCGCCACCCGGCGUUGCUCGUCAGCGCCACCGAUAACACCCUGUAUCUGUUCAGGAUCACCGAUCGCGAGGGCAGCCUCGCCCUGAAGAAGCGCUUCGAGACGGCGCACAGCCGCCACAGCGUCAAGUCCACCUUCUGCCCCAUCAUGUCGUUCCGGCGCGGCGUGUGCGUGGUCAGCGGCGGCGAGGACGCCUGCGUCUACUUCCUCGACAUAGAGGGCCACGCCGACCGGCCGGUGCUCAACAAGCUGCAGGGACACGCAUCCGCCGUUCUCGGCGUGAGCUUCAGUUACGACGAAAGCCUACUGGCCACCAGCGACGUCUCUGGUCUGGUCAUCAUCUGGCGACGCGGC